AUGGCGCGCGUAUGUCAUCAGAGGGAGCACGUUGUCAAACAAAUUCGGGAGAGUUGGGCUAAAGGCAAAGUACUGACCAAUACGUACGACAACUUGUCCAAGACGUACCUGUCGAUCAACGCUCAACCCUCCGUGCAUCGUCGCUGCCACUGGCCUAUCCAUGGAACGCGCCAGUUUUUGCUGGGGCUCGCGAACAUCGUCGGCGUCGGCAGCGCCGACGAAGCCGGUUUCCCCGAAACCGUUGAAUUCUACAAUCUAUGGGACGUCGUGCACUUGGAUGAGAAAUGGUUUAUCGCUGACAAAGAUCGACGCAAGGUGUACCUCGUUCCCAGAGAAGCACCGCCUGAGCGCGCGUGGAUGAGCAAGCGCUUCGUGCCAAAGGUCAUGUUCUUGGCUGCCGUUGCGCGUCCGCGGUAUGAUGAGGUGCGCGGAGAAGUCUUCAGCGGCAAGAUUGGGAUGUGGCCGUGUUCCCUUCAGUACAAGAAGAUGAGUCGUUGCGUGGAUGAUGUGAUCCGGCACACCAUGGAAGCAUUCGAAGUACUGAAGUACGACAAACUGGAGAGUGUGUUUCUUACCUUUCAAGCAGUGAUGUGUUUGAUCCUCGAGCACUCCGGGGGUAACGAUUAUGCGUUGCCGCACAUGAAGAAGGUGGCCUUGAGACGUGCUGGUCUCCUGAUGUCCAAUGUAUCGUGCCCAGUGUCGUUGCUUUUAUAG